AUGAAUCAGUCAGAGGUGGAUCAUCCCAAGUCGGAUAAUGAGGAGACAAUGACCACUCCAAGUGCAGCCGAAGAGGUAGAAAAGCAGCAGCAGCAGCUGUGGAAUAUAUUGACCGUGGAGAAGAAGACAAAAGAUCUUGAGGAGCAGCUAAAGACGGCGGAGAAUGCAUACAGAAAUGCAGAGCGAGAAAAACAGAAGCUCGAGAGAGAGCUCACCACGAUGAAGAUAGAGCUCACAGAAGGCAGAGAUCAGAUAAAAAAGCUGCAGCAGGAGUUGUUAAUUAAGGAGAAGAAAGCAAAAGACCUCGAGGAGCAGCUCAAGAGGGAGCACAAUGAGUAUGGAGAGACGGAGGAAAAAAACAGCACCAUUGAGAGACAGCUCGAUGACAGCAGUAAUCAGGUUGCUGAGUUGCGUCCACAUUUGACCAUUCUUGAGGGGAAGUCCGUACAAGUCGGUGCAGGGAACACAGAAACAGCCAUCCCAACUCUGACGCCGAGGCAAGAUGAAGCAGUCUUUCAGCAAUCACAGACGACUCAGGAGAAGCUGAAAUGCCGAACUAAGAUCACCACAUGGAAUGAAUUGAUCGCCUUCAUUAAGGAGAACCAGCAGAGCAACCUCGUCAUCAUUCAUGUCUAUUCGCACAAAAGCAAUGAGAAAAUUGAAGCGGAUGAGAUCGAGAGAUCAAUUGUUGAAAGAAUUAUUAUUAUUGUCAGGUCACGAAUCCCGAUAUUCAAAGGUACCCCAAAGCUAUCACCCGAUGCAAAUCGUGGGAGAGACAAAGGAGUAACAGCCCUCGCCGGUUCACGGAAAGAAGAUUCCUUGGGAAGGGAUGGAUUUGAUGAAAUUGCUGAAAAAAUUCGCUGA